AUGGCCGGUUCUUCCCUGCCCGGGCGGUUCUUCCCUGCCCCGCCAGUGCCGCAGCUGCUGUACGGAGGGAAGCUGGAUUUCCUCGUCUUCGAUUAUCUCUCCGAGAUGACCGUGUCGUUGCUGACGGCUGCCAAAACCCAGUCUCCCGUUUUAGGUUACACUCCAGAUUUUGUCUCUGCUGCCAUGGCUCCCUAUAUAAAAGAUAUUCACAGGAAAGGUGUUCGUGUCGUCAGUAGCGCUGGUGGAAUUAAUCCACUUGCUUGUGCAGCUGCCCUUCAGGAGGUAGCAAAGAAAGCAGAUGUUGAUUUGAAAAUAGCUGUUGUUGCUGGAGAUGACCUAAUGAGUGAGAAAGAGAACCUAAAAGGAGCUGGUAUCACUGAUUUAGAGAGUGGCAAACAAUUUCCAGAGAGCAUUCAUAGCAUGAAUGCGUAUCUUGGAGCAAGACCAAUAAGCAGGGCUCUUGACCUUGGAGCUGAUAUUGUUGUGACGGGAAGAUGUGUUGACAGUGGGAUUGUAUUAGGACCGCUCAUUCAUUCUUUUGGCUGGAAUAGGGAUGAAUUUGACUUGCUAGCUGCAGGAAGCCUUGCAGGUCAUCUCAUUGAAUGUGGUGCUCAAUGUACAGGUGGAAUAUUCACUGAUUGGCAUGCAGUACCAGACUGGCAAGAAUAAACUAAAGCUGAUCAGUAGAAUAAUUUUGAGGAGAUGAUAAACACUGACAUUUUGCCCUAAGCCAAGAGCGUGCAAUGGUUGAGACUGCAUAAUCCUCUGGCCUGGGAUGACCAAAAGGGCACAACAUAGGCUUUCCCAUUGUAGAAUGUUCCUCUGAAGGAGACUUUAUUCUUUCCAAACCACCAGACACAGGGGGACUAAUCUCUUUCGGCACUG